UAAAGUUUCUCAGGAAUAAAAGGACAAGAGGAGAUUUAAGAUUUUACGGCUGUUAUAAGAUCUUUGCUCGUUGACGUUCGACAGAGUGAUAGUUGUGAUACUGGUAGUCGAAUACAAAAAGCGCUUACCUGCUGACUUUAGUUUUAAAGAAACCAGGCAGUGUUCAAAAUAUUCACACGACGCGGCAGAACAGAACGCUCGCGGUUUAACUGUACGCGCGUCUUGCUCGCGUUUUCGCGUUUCCUUACCGCUUCACCAAGAAGUGCACUUAAAGCCGGUGAUGGAGUGGCGACCGCAGUCUGCAGUGGGUUAUGAGGCUGCUUACUCAGAAGCACAGAGAUGGAUUGAGGCAGUCACUAAGAAGAAGUUUGGGAGCAGUAAUUUCCGGAGUUCUCUGGAAAAUGGACUUCUGUUGUGUGAUCUGAUCAACAAGAUCAGGCCUGGUGUCGUCAAGAAACUAAACAGAUUAUCCACACCUAUUGCUGGCCUGGUAAACUUGGACAAGCAUCUGCAUGUCCAACAGCAUCACAGAGGUAUUUCCAUAAAACACUUCCAACCCCAAAACCUACCAAGCACAGCCUAAACUCACAAUUGUGGCCUCACAUGGCAAGGGCUAAGCAAAGGCAUGCGAAGAAAAACACAGUUUGGAGUAUAUUUUAGUUUUGCUAAAUACUGCUGAGCCUGUUCCUGAACUUCCAGCAAACUGUAAGAUGCAAAAGAACACAAUGCUCUCAUCCAGCUAUGCUUAUGACCGAUGAAAGAUAUUUUUCCACAGAAUGAAAGGCUCAUUCAAGGCUCUGAAAUCUUACCAGCACCAUUAUUGUUCCUUCUGGCUGCUUUGCUUUUGUUCGACACAGUUUCAUUCUAAUACAGAGGUUUUAUAUUUUGUUAAAUCAAGGCUCAUUAGUGCAAGAGCGGAAAUCUCUGGUUUUGUGGACUGUGUAGCGACUCUGGCUUUGGAUCACUAAACUCUACUCAGGGUUUGGCUUCGGCUGAUCUCUGGAUCACUUUCCCAUAGUUCCAUCAAACCCUGAGCCGUGGUUUACCCUUGUGUUUCCCUGGAUAGCUGAUCCUCCUUUUAACAAUUUGAAGAGAGGAAGCCUACACUUGUGUGGCACAAUGGUCGGCCACAUUAGAAAACACAUUCUGGCAGAGCUUUGGCCUGAUGUUUAGCAGAGAGAUGACUCCUUAGAGCAUAGCCCUUCAUAAACCCCCCAUAACUGAGCUGGAUGGAUAUAUUUGCAACGGGUGCCACCACUGU